AUGCAAGAAAUUAUUGAGGCGAACCGCAGAACAUUGCGGGAAAAUAUAGAUCAGAAUAGAUUGGAAUUUUUUCCACCUCCAACUUUGGAUCCUGUCAUUACUCUUGAUCGUUUAAGCUAUGUUAAUCGACGUCAUCCCAGAAAUAAAAGUGUUACUGGUUUUGGUAUUUUAAGAUAUUACGUCUCAUUACAAGGGCAAAUUAUAAACUGUGAUGAGGCUGUAGUCGGUAGGGUAGCAACUGAAGUAUGGAAAUCUGCUACCGCGGCAGAAAAAAGAGAUUAUACAAAUUUAUCGAACCAGGCUUUUUUAUUUUCCGGGUUUUAA